CUUGAACCGAUCUUAAAAUUGAUCUUGUUCGGACUUCGGAUAGAUCUCUUAAACAAAUUAAACCGGGUAUUUUGAAUGCAACCCGAGACAAAUUCAGACCCCCCAACCCAAAAAUCUGAACCAGUAAAUGUCAUCAAAUCUCCGCCGGUUCCUUCUGUACUGUUCCGAGACUCAAAUUUACUCCAAAAAGUCGGCAAAUCCAAAUUCAAUAUUCUCAAUUGUAAAUACACUAACUUUAACUACAACUUAAAUCACAGUAAAAUGUUGUCAAUUCGGAGAGCUGAUGCUGUUCCAUCGAUACAGGGAGCGGUAUCGGAGGCCAUGAGCCUGAUGCAAUCAGAUGCUCCCACGUGGCAGUCUGCUUUGCUCAGUAACAUCGUGAUCUUCGUCUUAGGCUCUCCGAUUUUGCUUUCUGGUUUGUCUACUUCAGGAAUUGCCGCCGCGUUCUUCCUCGGCACUCUUACGUGGCGCGCUUUUGGACCCUACGGAUUUCUUCUUGUAGCUACAUUUUUCGUUAUCGGUACUGCAGCAACAAAAGUAAAAAUGGCUCAAAAGGAAGUACAAGGGUUGCUGAAAAGAGGAAAGGAAGAAGAGGUUCUCUCAAUAUAUGGAGUAGGGGGAAAGGCAUUUUAUCGGCUUCGGCAGCUCAGAUUUGUUUCCGGUUUUUGUACUAAGUUGAGUGAUACUGUCUCAAGUGAGAUAGGGAAGGCAUAUGGCAAAACAAC